UCUGUGCCAGCCCCGGGCUCGAUGCUGAUGCGCGUCCGGUGACGCGGAGGGGCCGCUGGGCGGCGCCCCGGGAGGAGCGGGCGCAACGGGAGGCGGCGGCGGCGGCGGCGGGGAUGGACGAGCCCAGCAUCCUGCGGCGCCGGGGCCUCCAGAAGGAGCUGAGCCUGCCGCGCCGAGGAAGAGCUUGCCGAAGCAGCAAUAGGAAGAGCCUGGUGGUGGGCACCCCCUCUCCAACCCUCUCACGGCCUCUCUCCCCGCUCUCUGUGCCAACAGCUGGGAGCAGCCCCUUGGACAGUCCCCGCAACUUCUCUGCCAGCACCUCCAUCAACUUCCCAUUCGCUCGCAGCCAUGCUCCUCGGACUGACAGGGCUGAUGGCAGAAGGUGGUCACUGGCUUCGCUACCCUCCUCUGGUUAUGGGACCAACACCCCCAGCUCCACUGUCUCGUCAUCUUCAUCCUCCCAGGAGCGCCUGCACCAGCUGCCGUACCAGCCCACCCCCGACGAGCUGCAUUUCCUUUCUAAGCACUUCCGCAGCACAGAGAGCGUCAUGGAUGAGGAAGGGCGGCACUCGCCUUGCCUGCGCCCUCGGUCCAGGAGCCUGAGCCCUGGACGGACGAGUGGAAUGUUUGAUAAUGAGGUGGUGAUGAUGAACCAUGUCUACAAGGAGAGGUUCCCCAAGGCCACGGCCCAGAUGGAAGAGCGUCUGCAGGACACCAUCACCAACUUCUCUCCGAGCAGCACGCUGCCGCUGGCAGACGGGGUGCUGGGCUUCAUCCAUCACCAAAUCAUCGAGCUGGCCCGUGACUGCUUGGCAAAGUCCCAGGGAGCUCUCAUCACCUCCCGCUACUUCAUGGAGCUGCAGGAGAAGCUCGAGAAGAUGCUCCGGGAUGCUCAGGAGCGUUCCGAGAGCGAGGAGGUGAAGUUCAUCGACCAACUGGUGAGGAAGCUGCUGAUCAUCAUCUCCCGUCCUGCUCGCCUCCUGGAGUGCCUGGAGUUUGACCCGGAGGAGUUUUACCACCUCCUGGAAGCUGCAGAAGGACACGCCAAAGUUGGCCAGGGAAUAAAGACCGAUAUCCCCCGCUACAUCAUCAGCCAACUCGGGCUCGUCAAGGACCCACUGGAGGAGAUGGUGCAGCUGGAUCACUUCGACAGCGGGAACACCAUCACACCAGAGAACGAUGAUGCCUGUGAGAGCCAGCCUUCAGCCACCGCUCCUCGGAGGAAGCCCUGUGAGGGGGACUUUGAGACCAUCAAACUGAUCAGCAACGGCGCUUAUGGGGCCGUGUACCUGGUGAGGCACAGGGAGACGCGGCAGCGCUUCGCCUUGAAGAAGAUCAACAAGCAGAACCUCAUCCUGAGGAACCAGAUCCAGCAGGUGUUUGUGGAAAGGGACAUCCUCACCUUCGCUGAGAACCCCUUUGUGGUCAGCAUGUUCUGCUCCUUCGAGACGAAGCGGCACCUCUGCAUGGUGAUGGAGUAUGUGGAAGGGGGGGAUUGUGCCACGUUGCUGAAGAACAUGGGCCCUCUGCCUGUUGACAUGGCCAAGAUGUACUUUGCCGAGACAGUUCUUGCUCUGGAGUAUCUGCACAACUACGGCAUCGUCCACCGGGACCUCAAACCUGACAAUUUGCUCAUCACCUCUAUGGGCCACAUAAAGCUGACAGACUUUGGUCUGUCGAAGAUCGGCUUGAUGAACAUGACCACGAACCUCUAUGAAGGGCACAUGGAGAAGGACACUCGGGAGUUCAUGGACAAGCAGGUGUGCGGCACUCCGGAGUACAUUGCCCCAGAAGUCAUCCUCAUCCAGGGCUAUGGGAAGCCCGUUGACUGGUGGGCCAUGGGCAUCAUCCUCUACGAGUUCCUGGUGGGCUGCGUCCCCUUCUUUGGAGACACCCCCGAGGAGCUCUUUGGGCAGGUUAUCAGCGAUGAAAUUAUGUGGCCAGAAGGGGAUGAGGCUCUUCCUGCAGAUGCCCAGGACCUGAUCACCCGCUUGCUGAGACAGUGUCCCCUUGAACGCUUGGGCACCGGGGGUGCACAUGAGGUGAAGCACCAUUCCUUCUUCCUCCACCUGGACUGGAACGGGCUGCUGCGGCAGAAGGCCGAGUUCAUCCCCCAGCUGGAGUCGGAGGAUGACACCAGCUACUUUGACACUCGCUCGGAGCGGUACCAGCACUUGGAUUCCGAGGAUGAAGAAACCAACGAUGAGGAAUCAUCCGUGGAGAUCGGGCAGUUCUCCUCCUGCUCCCAUCGCUUCAGCAAGGUGUACAGCAGCUCUGAAUUCCUGGCAGUUAACUCCAGCCUCAGCGUCUCCUCCUCCGACCGGAGUCACAACGAGGACAAGGAGGACAGGCACUCGGGAGACGAGGACAAGAGCCGCAUGGCGAGCACUGAACCCCGGCUCCGCUCCUGGACAUCCUGCAGCUCCACACCAUACAGCUCCCGGCACGAGCGGAGCCGCAGCCCCACUGCGCUGCCCAGCACCGUCAGCCUGGACACCAUGCCCAAGUUUGCCUUCUCCUCGGAGGAUGAAAGCCCUUGCGUGGCAUCCUCCAAACCGGAGAGACCCAAGUUUGUGCUGGGAGACCCUGACGCAGGGACCGGUGGUGUGGUGAAGCCGUCGGUGCUAUCCGCCGACCUCGUCAGCCUGAACCACAUCCGCCUCCGAAGCAACAGCACCGGCACCAAAACCCCGGCUCCACGGGGCCUGGAGCCGGGUGGGAGCCGCCGGCUGAGCAGCCAGAAGGAUGUGCCGGACAGACAGAGAGCCUCGCCGGGCAGCCGCGUCCCCAAAUCCGCCUCUGUCUCAGCGCUGUCCCUCAUCAUCACAUCAGACGACUUCAGUGGAGGUGCCCUGAUGAGCCCCAUCUCCCCCCACUCCCUCUCAUCCAACCCUUCAUCCCGUGAUUCCUCCCCAAGCCGAGAUUCAUCCCUGGCCAUCGCCAGCCUGCGGCCCCCCAUCAUCAUCCACAGCUCGGGCAAGAAGUACGGCUUCACCCUGCGCGCCAUCCGCGUCUACAUGGGUGACAGCGACGUCUACACCGUGCACCACAUGGUCUGGAGCGUGGAAGAGGGGAGCCCGGCGCAGGAAGCAGGGCUGAGAGCGGGUGACCUCAUCACACAUGUGAAUGGCGAGUCAGUGCUAGGGUUAGUCCAUCGGGACGUCGUGGAGCUGCUGCUGAAGAGUGGGAAUAAAGUGGCCCUGAGGACCACGGCCCUGGAGAACACCUCCAUCAAAAUUGGCCCCGCACGGAAAAACAGCUCCAAGACCAGGAUGGCGCGGAGGAGUAAGAAGAGCAGGAAAAGGGACGGCCAGGAGAGGAGAAAAUCCCUUUUCAAGAAGAUCUCCAAGCAGUCGUCGGUCCUGCACACCAGCCGCAGCUACUCCUCGGGCCUCCAUCACUCCCUGUCCUCCAGCGAGAGCCUCCCGGAGUCCCCCACACACAGCGUGUCCCCCGGUCCCACGCCUCCCUGCCGCAGCCCCGCUCCCGACCUGCCCACAGAUGCUGUGUCCCCGCAGAGCACCUCUCCCUCCUCCAGCACCCCAACGUCACCCGCCGGCCACGUGCGCCCCAGCUCUCUGCACGGCCUCGCACCCAAACUGGGUGGGCAACGCUACAAAGUGGGACGUCGCAAAUCCACCAGCAGCAUCCCCCCUUCACCCCUCGCCUGUACCCCUUCCUCUGCCCAGCGCCCACCUUCUCCCCAACGCUCCCCAUCUCCGCUCCCUGGGUACCCCAAAACCCCUCAUUCCUUCCAAGGAAAGACCCUGUCCCCCCCCACCAUCGUCCGGCAGAGCUCACGGCCCCGCAGUGCUGAUUGCCCCCGCUCCCCGCUCCUCAAGCGUGUCCAGUCAGCUGAGAUCGUCACCAUCCUGGUGGAGAAGAAGACCGGCAGUGCCCGCAAGCUGGGGCUGGAGAUGCCCACCAUGGAUGGGGAGGCCAUCGGGGAGGGUGACGCACCGGGGUACCCCGGGGAGCACGGUUAUCACCCCGCUGCCAGCUCCCGGCUGGCGGAGAGGCACGACCGGGACCAGGAGGUGGUGGUUAUGCGACGCUUGAACCUCUCGGAGCGCCGGGACUCCUUCAAGAAGCAAGAAGCGGUUCAAGAAGUGAGUUUUGAUGAGCCGGAUGCGGUGUCGGCAAGUGAAGACGGUGGCAAGGGUGAAGGCGGGCAGGCGGGGGGCACCGAGAAGCCAAAGCCCAGCUCGGUCCCACAGAUCGCGGUGCAGGGAUCCGAGAGCGACGAGCAGGAGCUGGCGGUGGCUGAAUGGGAAUGCCAGGGCUCCUACCCCAUCCGCAGUGCUGAGGAGCCCAACAGCAGCAUCUCCUUGCGGUGGCGGGAUGGAUGCGAGCAUCCGGACCAUGGCUCCCAGCAGCACUGGAACUGCAGAGAGGGAGCAACCGGCCACCGGCAACCCCAGCGGGGCCAGGGGCCAUUGGGUGCUCAGCACCCAGCACCCCGGAGCAGUGCAUGGAGCGGGACCAAGCACCCUUGAGCCUCC